AUGGUGUCCUUUUUUGGCCUCAAGCUUGGAGGCGAUAGGAAAAAGUCACAGGACAAGACCAAGGCCACCACAAAACAGAUUCAACACCUGCAUCGAAACAAUCAAUCAGACCUCACAUCAAAAGAUGUUCAUCUACUCACAGCCAGCAACUUGCCGCUCCCAAGCACCCCCGGCGCCCGUCCCGACACAUCCUCUUCCAACCGCGAUUUACAAUGGCAUCGUGCCCCCUACAUGAAUGCCCCAGCGGCCGCUGGAGGUGCUUCCUCCAUGGUCGACCUCGGCGCUCCUCGAGCUCCCGCCAUGGGAAAUCCUCGAUUCCACUCAUCCGACGUUAAUCUCAACACGCGCUUCGCAAACGGAAGUUCUACAAGUCUUGUUGCGCCAGGUCCCAUAGGGGGUGGUGGUCCUACGGCGAAUAGGCCUGGCACGCCUACACGACCAGGUACCGCGACUUCGAGGAGGGACGUAUCGGAUAACCCUUUCAAUGUACACUUUGGAAAGGAUUCGGUUAGCAGUAUACCUGGGACGCCUAUGGACGACAGCAAGAGCACCUUUGAGCAGUUCGAGUUUGGUCUAGGAGAUGCAUCAAAGGACCACAGCAAGGAGCAGGCCACCAACGGGUAUCCCUCUCCGCCGCCGUCAAUCGUCAACGCUGAGCGACCAUUUUCACCCGCCAGUCAAGAAACCAACCGACCUUCGAGCAGUCGCCGGAACGUGCCCGCCCCUAGUGGACUUCGCAACGUCGAUGUAGCCGGUCCCAUGGCUCUUCCUAGCCCUGCUGCCUCGGUUGCACGCUCCAGUGAGGAUAUUUGGGAGGCGCCCGUGAUUCGCAAUGUUCAGGCUAAGCGCGACACCUUGACAUUUCACACACCUCGCCGACAGAGUUUUUCCAUGGAAGUUGAUGAGCUUAGGGCUCGUGAGGCGGUUAAGCCCAUGGUGGAGGGAUUGACGGGUAACUUUUCGGGCUUCGACUUUGGAGAGACUGUCAGGAGGGGGAGUGUUGGAAAUAGGAGCUUGGAGACGCCUACGAGUGAGACCUCAGUGAGCCCGACCGACACGACCGUCAAGCCGAGGGCGUUUGGUACGACGAGGACCGCGAGCCCUCUGAGAACGAUGCAGUCGAGCCCGAGCCUGAGUUUGAGUGAUACUGGGUCGACCAGGGCGCGCAACACGAGCGAUGCGACUUCUCCUCUUUCAACUGUGUCGACUGCUGAGGAUACACCACGCAUUCAGACUCCUCAACCCCCUCAGCACAAGCCAUCUCAGCAGCUUCAACCUUCAAAGGCUCUUCAACCUGGUCAGAUUCCUCAGUCACUUCAGGUCUCUCGGCCCCUUUCACCUUCGCGAUCUCCUCAACCUUCACCUCUUUCGCAACCUCCUCAACUUCAGCAUCAGUCUCCUCAACCGUCUCCCAAACUUCCACCGGACUCUAUGCACUAUCGACAACUCUCGGAUCAAUCUCGCAAAGCGCAGUAUAUGCCGUAUCAACCUCCAAACACUUCUCCCCCGACGCGACCACUCCCAUCACCAUAUCGAUCUCCUACCGCUCCUCUUCCUGCGCCACCUCAGAUGAACAUCCAACCAAACACGCCUCCGAGUCCAGCUGGCGUCUCGACUGGCACCUCGACUGGCACCUCGGCCACACAGCCAGGCUAUAUGUCUCGCCCUCUCGAUCCUCCACCGCGCGGCUUCCGACCUCGAGUUGACUCAGACCCUCAAGCUCGCCGACCUCUCCGCGUUCCUCCCCCGCUCGUCGACCGCUCUGCUACAGUUCCUGUCCUUGGAGGAGGCCCUCGAAGUCCUUAUGGCCCACCCCCUGAUGAAGGCAACUACUUACGCUCUGAGAGUUCACCCCGUGCGGCCCCGGAACCACCACGAACUGCAAGCCCCUUCUCCACGCGAGGUCCCAUCGAGGGUGACUUUCCCAUGUCAAAGGGUCUUCCCCGUGGCCGCAAGCCACCUGGCAUGGAGCCUACCAGUCCUGAAAGCACCUUUGGUCUCGGCCCAAGGAAGCAGCGCCGCCAACGUCCCAUGUAUCCUCCUCCUCGGGCUGAAGCUUCUCCUACACCCGAGUCGCAGCAUAAGGAUUCAGCCGAGGGCCAUGGCUAUGCUCUCCCUAGCUGGGACGACUUUAGCGGAGCCAACCCUCACCGCUCGGCCAUGCCUCUUCCUCUCUCGCCCUUCCAUACCGACUUUCCUCUUCAGUCUCCUGCGCAGGCGACGGAUGAGUCGUUGAGUCCUCGCUUUGGAGGGCAGUAUACGUCCUCUCCCAUCUCGCCUACACCCCCGAGUCUGCCCUCGCCGUCUUUCCCAUCGCUGCAAAAGUCCAUCUCCAACUCGAGCGAGAAUCUUGCCCGCAGUUUCGACAUGGCUGCUGACGGCAACUACCACAACGCACCCGAGCCGAAUCUCACUAGGCCACUCAUCUCGCCCGUCAUGGCUGACUUUGUACCACCCCGAGACCAAAGCGCUACACGCGUCGAGGCCAAGCGGGCGCCUCCAAGACCGGCUCCCAUCAAGGUCCCUACGACGACACUAGGUGUCGGACCAGAGUCAGGCAGAGUGCGGACGCCCAAUCCUGUCGUGGACGAGUUCAACCCGGGCUUCAUCUAG